AACACCAUUGUCCCUGACAACUUCUAACCAUGCCUGAUCCAGCCAAGCCUGCCCCCAAGAAGGGCUCAAAGAAAGCCGUGAGCAAGACCGCCGGAAAGGGUGGCAAGAAGCGCAAGAGGACCAGGAAGGAGAGCUAUGCUAUCUACGUGUACAAGGUCCUGAAGCAGGUCCACCCCGAUACAGGGAUCUCUUCUAAGGCCAUGAGCAUCAUGAACUCCUUCGUCAACGACAUCUUCGAGCGCAUCGCUGGUGAGGCUUCCCGCCUGGCACACUACAACAAGCGCCACACCAUCUCCUCCAGGGAGAUCCAGACCGCAGUGCGCCUGUUGCUGCCCGGUGAGCUCGCCAAGCACGCCGUGUCUGAGGGAACCAAGGCCGUCACCAAGUACACCAGCUCCAAGUAAAGAGUUCUCCCCCUUUUCCCAAACCAAAGGCUCUUUUAAGAGCCACCCAAAAUCUCAU